GACCGUGACGAUGCCAACGAAGACUCAACUCCCAAAAGGGUUUUAGAGAGAGAAAAAGUUUUAGAGGGAGACAGAGAGAGAGAGACCCAAAAGCCCAGACCCACGGCGGAAACGACGUCCAUGGCGUUUCUUUAUCGUCACCACUGAUUCAGCAACGUUUUAUGUUUUUAUUGCCUAUUUCCUCGGUGAUUUUCUUGCGUUUUCUGGGAAAAAGAGAAGGAAAAUGAGGGACCCGGCGAUCAAGCUUUUUGGGAUGGAGAUUACGCUGCCGGAGACCGGAAAGAUUCUUGUCGGCGAGGAUUGUGGGGUUGAAGAUGGAAGGUCUGAUGGUGAUCGUAGUUCGGUGAUGAGUUCGUGUUUGGAGGACGAGAAAAUGGACAAGAAAGUUAAGAGAACAGGGGACGAAGAGGAAGAGGAAAAAAAAGUAGAAGCUGAUGAUGACAAGGAUUCACAAGCAGGAAAGCCCGAUGAGAGUAAACAACGUGGUAAAUCUCCACCUUCAGAAACAUUGCCCGAGUUUGAGGAUAACCCUAAGACACCGUCUCUCGAUGAAGAAAAUGCAAGUGCAAAACCUCAAAAGAAUGAAAAUGACCAAAGUGAUGCAAACAACACACAACAAAAAACCCUAAAGAAGCCUGACAAAAUUCUUCCAUGCCCCCGCUGUAAUAGCAUGGACACAAAGUUCUGUUACUACAACAAUUACAAUAUCAGUCAACCCCGUCAUUUUUGCAAGAGCUGUCAGAGAUACUGGACAGCUGGUGGUACAAUGAGGAACGUGCCCAUAGGAGCUGGUCGGCGCAAGAACAAGAACUCAUCCGUGCAUUGUCGCCACAUCACCAUCUCUGAAGCUCUACAUGCAACUGCAAAUGGAUUUCAGAACCCUACGCUCAAAAGCAAUGGCACGGUUCUCUCUUUUGGCCCAGAAGCACCACUUUGUGAAUCCAUGGCUUCUGUCUUAAAUCUUGCGGAGAAACAAAAGGCUCCUAAUGGAAUCCCCAAUGGGUUUUAUAAAGUUGAACAAAAUGGCGAUGAUUGUUCAAGCGGAUCAUCUGUCACAACUUCAAAUUCGACAGAGGAAGGAGUGAGAAACGGGAUUCAAGAGCCAAUGAUGGGGAAUUUAAAUGGCUUCACUUCCCAAAUCCCUUGCCUCCCUGGCAUUCCAUGGCCUUAUUGGAAUUCAGCUGCUCCUAUACCGGCUGUUUGCUUGUCUGGAUAUCCAAUGCCAUUCUAUGCCACCCCCUAUUGGACAGUUCCAUGGUUGCCUUCGCCAUCUCCUACAACAAACCAAAACGUGCCAUGCUCUGCUCCAAACCAAAAUUCACCGACUCUAGGGAAACAUUCAAGAGAUGGGGACUUGAUUAAGAAGAAUUCAGAGACAUCCAUUUUGAUUCCAAAAACUAUAAGGAUUGAUGACCCUGAUGAAGCUGCAAGGAGUUCUAUAUGGGCAACACUUGGGAUUAAGAACGAUUCCUCAAUGAUGAGCAGAGGAGGCCUUUUCAAGGCCUUCCAACCAAAGGGUGGCGAAAAGAAUCACACACCAGAAACCAAUUUAGCACUGUGGGCUAACCCUGCAGCCUUGUCUAGGUCGCUCAGCUUCCAGGAACGGUCCUAAAGUAGAUGGUGUUACCAUUACAUCUAAUAUUUGUUCUCCAAAGUGGCAUUUGGGAGAGAAAUAUUGGGUGUUUGAGAUCAUAUUGAUUCACGGCCUUGUUGAAGCAUAUUUAACACUUUGAACUGAUCAGAGUGGAAAGAUGUAGAAAAGGUUCCUCAAUGAUGGUUUUUUUCUUGUAAGAUAUAGAACAGGUGCCUUCGUUUUUAGGGGGAAUUGCAAAAAAGUGGAAACUAACUCAAAAUCAUUUGACUUUUAAAUAGGUAUAAGUGAGUUGUGUCUCAUGCCACAACUUUCACUUGCAGCGGAGACACACCCUGUACCUCCAUGAAAGUUGCAGUUAUUUUGAAUUGUUUUCACUGAUUUGUAAUUCCGCUUGUUAUUUUGUAUUUUUAUUUGGUGAGUGUGAGCAGAUGUACAUAUCUAUAUAUGUAAAUACUGACAUUAGGAGAGAGUGGAAGUUGUUUAGAUGCACGAAAAUCCCAGAAGUCAAAUGUUGAAACUGUUAAACUCAAUCCAGAAAGUGGCUUGAAUAAUGGCAAUGCAGUUCUUCUAUCUUCAGAGAUUUUCAUUACA